GGAUUUUCCAGUAGUGAGAACGAAGCCUGCGCCAUCAUCAAUGCAGCGUUCGCGUGUCCCGACGUUUCUUCUGGUUUCUUCAAACAGUUCGGAAAUAUUUUCGGCGUGAAUCGCGUGACGCUGUCAAAUCAUUUGUGAGCACGAAUUCUUUGUCUUGUGCAUCGGUUACUCAGUGGGAUUAAAUAAUUACUACGACUGUAAUUAAAACCAACGUGCGUAUAUUGGACACAUAAAUUCCACGAAUGAAAUAAUGGAAGACGCGGUGAGUGUAAAUGGGGUGAAAGAUGUGAACGGUGAGAGCGAAAGACUUUAUUUCGAACUGGAUGGCGAAGGGGACGCAGACAGUUCGACGACACCCAAAAUUGUCGAUCACCACCGAGACAGAAGCGAGAGCCCAGUUUUUGGGUUAGAGGGUGGUAGUACGGCUGGGAGGUCGCCCCAGGAAUUACCAAACGAGAUUUCAGCUCCUUACGAGGUGCCACAAUUCCCUAUUGAACAAAUAGAGAAAAAAUUGUUAAUCCAAAGGCAGCUGACUGUCAAAGCAGCGAAGGACUUGGAGGAGCGUAGAAGUCAUUACGAGCCCUCGUUAGGCCCUGGCAUUCCCGACGACACUGACCACCUGUUCAACCUCGAGGAAAAUGACUUCGUCCCACAUUUUCAACGAGUUUCAAUCUCCGGCGAAGACACAUCCGGUGUACCACUGGAGGAUUUACAGAGAGCCUCCCAGAUGCUUGUGGAGGCCCUGGCGAUCAGGGAGAGGUACAUGAACAACUCGAAACAGUCGUACCCUUCGAUAACAUCCAGGUUCCUACGUAGCGUCGAUAAGAAGCCUGUUAACAUUUGCGACGAGAUGCAUCAUGACGACAGGAAAGCAAUAGCAGAUCACCCAGUGCACGCUCCAGCGUCCCGAGGUGACCCUUGGGAGUGCGUCUUCCCUCCCUCGAAAAACUACAAAAUCGCCCCAGUCAACGGGGUAUUCAACGUCUACGCGAGCGAAGAAGAUUACGAGAACGGGAAACCCGUGCCAUACAGCUAUCCAGACUUAGCCACGUUCGUCCGAGACAUGAACGUCUUGUGUUCGAUGAUCGCCGAUGGUCCACUCAAAUCAUUCUGCUAUAGGAGACUAAGUUAUUUAUCUUCCAAGUAUCAAUUGCACGUUCUGUUGAACGAGCUGAGGGAAUUGGCCAGCCAGAAAGCAGUGCCUCACAGGGAUUUUUAUAAUAUCAGAAAGGUGGACACGCACAUUCACGCUGCCUCUUGUAUGAACCAGAAACAUUUGCUUAGAUUCAUAAAGAAGACGUUGAAGAGUCACGCGAACGAAAUAGUGACGUGGUCGAAGAGCGGAGAGACGAUGACGUUGAGGGAAGUGUUCCAGUCGAUGAAUCUGACUACGUACGACCUAAGCGUCGACAUGCUCGACGUUCAUGCUGACAGGAACACGUUUCAUAGGUUCGACAAGUUUAACGCAAAGUACAAUCCUAUCGGUGAGAGUCGACUGAGAGAAGUCUUCCUGAAAACUGAUAAUUAUCUGAACGGAAAAUUCUUUGCUAGUAUAAUUAAAGAAGUGGCUAGCGAUUUAGAAGAGUCCAAGUACCAAAACGCAGAGCUGAGACUGUCGAUUUAUGGGAAGAGUCCCGAAGAGUGGGACAAAUUGGCUAAAUGGGCGAUACAGAGUGACGUGUAUUCCGAUAACGUCAGGUGGCUCAUACAAAUCCCGAGAUUGUAUGAUAUUUUUAAACUGAAUAAGCUGAUGACCCACUUCCAAGAGAUUUUGAAUAAUAUCUUCUUGCCACUGUUUGAAGUGACUAACGACCCGAACUCUCAUCCAGAGCUUCACCGAUUUCUUCAAUAUGUGAUUGGGUUCGAUUCGGUUGAUGAUGAAAGUAAGCCGGAGAAUCCACUUUUUGAUAAGGACGUCUGUCCCCCUGCUGAGUGGAAUGAUGUCGAGAACCCGCCUUAUGCGUAUUAUCAAUAUUUCACUUAUGCUAACAUGACGGUGCUAAACCACUUCCGUAUGGAACAAGGUUUGAACACUUUCGUACUGAGGCCUCAUUGCGGCGAGGCCGGACCCAUACAGCAUUUAGUCUGCGGCUACAUGAUGGCCGAGAACAUCUCCCACGGGCUUCUCUUAAGAAAAGUCCCAGUAUUACAAUAUUUAUACUACCUGGCCCAAGUAGGUAUUGCCAUGUCGCCCCUCAGCAACAAUUCCCUGUUCCUGAACUACCACAGGAAUCCACUGCCCGAAUAUUUGGCCAGAGGACUGUGCAUCAGCCUCAGCACGGACGAUCCAUUGCAAUUCCAUUUCACUAAAGAACCUUUGAUGGAGGAGUACAGUAUUGCCGCUCAAGUGUGGAAGCUGAGCUCCUGCGAUAUGUGCGAGUUAGCUAGGAACUCGGUACUGAUGAGUGGCUUUCCACACAAGAGUAAACAGUAUUGGCUCGGUCCAAACUACACGAAGGAAGGAGUAGCAGGGAACGACAUAACCAGGACCAACGUGCCCGACAUCCGUGUCGCCUACCGUUAUGAAACGCUCCUAGAUGAACUCUCAAACAUAUUUAAAGUCGUCGAGAAGCCGGACGCCAUUCCGUUUUAAACGAAAUACUUCCUCACAAAUAAAUAUCCUUUACAAUUUUCAAUUUAUAGAAUCAUAGAGGAAAUAAGAGUUAUUAUAAAUCUAAACAAAUUCUCAGAGAGGAACAUUAAAUCAGGAAAAUAGAAGAAAAAUAGGUAAAGACAGAAAAGAUACGAAAUUUAAUUUAAGUCGACUCUUCUCUACAGAAGAGAAUUCGAACACUAUAUGUAAAAUAUCUAACAACGUAAUAAUAUACAGAGUUUCCCAGAGUCCACGAUUUUCAUCUGGAGCACUGAAAUUCUGAGUAAAAAGUUACUUUUUAUUUCUUUCUAUGAUCAUUGUGAAUCAAAUUAUUAUAUAACGGAAAAAGUAAAUGGAAAAGGAACUUCUGCUCAAAAAUUUCACGUUCUUUCGGAUCCUGCAAACGAAAAUGCAUUCUGGGACACCCGGUAUACAUACACAGAAAUUUGUUGACCAAGAAUUACCUAAAUAAUUCUAAUACGACGAUGCAUAGUUAGCUAGGUUCCAAUUGAAUUUCCAAUUUUACAGACAAACAAGUGUAAACAUAAUAUAAUAUAUAAUAAUAUAUUUUCAAAUGUUUCUCUUUCCUUUUAGAGAAGCAUUAUUAUUAAUCUAGAUGAUAGAAAUAUGUUCAUUGUAAUCUAAUAAUUUUCAUUCAAUUGUUUUUCUUAUAUCUUCUUUUUUACAUUUGUAUUGCACUUCUAAUAGGUUUUAAACAGUUAUUUAUAGAUUGAUCCGAUUUAAGAGUCGUUCGAUAUUUUUCAAUUGUUACAUGCAACGGUUGUAUUUUAUAUUAGAUUAUCGGAUUGGAUAAUUAAUUAUAAGUUUGAAUUAUAUAUACGUGUAUAUUCUAAACGUUUUCUAUUGCAUGAAAUUUCUGCAAUAUCUAAGAAAAAUUCAAAAAAGUUUCAGGGAGAAAUGCGAAAAUUUCAAGAAAAUUAUUAAUGUUUCAUUCGUUUGAUCGAUUGAUUCCGUUGCCUCGUUGAUAAUUUAAAUAGAUUACGGAUGUAACUGUAAUUUAUUGUACGAUACAAGGAUUUUAAUAACGAUUAUAAAAAGUGUAAUAAUUAUAGCAAACGA